GGGGCGGGAAGGGGCGGCCCCGCACCGCCCUAUAACUCCCCUUUGGCCGGUGGCGCGGGAGGUAGCGGUUCCUCAGGAGCGGGAUGGAGGCGGCAGCGGUGGGGCAGCCCCUUGCGCUGAAGCGCUCCCUGUCCACAGUCCUGGCCGGCUGCCCCCCGGCCUCCGCCGGCGGCGCGAAGGCCGAGGCGCGGGUGCUGGUCAUCAACACGGGCGGCACCAUCGGCAUGGUGCAGGAUGUGAAGGGACUUGCUCCUGAGGCCAAUAAAUUAGUAAACAGCUUGAAAACAAUGCCAAUGCUGCAUGACGAAGCAUAUGCCAAAGAAACAAAACUGAGCCACAUCCGUGAAUUUCCAGAUGACACUCUGGUGCUCCCUGUCUCUAAGCAAAACAAAAGAAUUUUUUACACAAUCUUGGAGCUCUCACCACUGCUGGAUUCUUCCAACAUGACACCAGAGGACUGGGCGAGAAUUGCAAAGAAACUUGAGGAGCACUAUGAAAAGUACGAUGGCUUUGUGAUCCUUCACGGCACUGACACCAUGGCCUACACAGCUUCAGCCUUGUCCUUCAUGUGUGAGAACCUGGGUAAAACCAUUGUUCUGACAGGAUCUCAGGUGCCCAUAUAUGAGCUGCAGAAUGACGGCCGAGCCAACCUUCUGGGGGCACUGCUCUUUGCUGGGCAGUUUGUGAUUCCUGAGGUGUGCCUGUAUUUUUAUAAUAAACUGUACAGGGGAAAUAGGGUGACUAAGGUGGAUGCUGGGAGUUUCAAUGCCUUUUCCUCACCUAACCUGCCUCCACUUGCAAAUGCUGAGGUUGAUAUUACAAUAAACUGGGAAACAGUGUGGAGACCCAAUACCAAAAAGAAAUUUCGAGUUCACACCAAUAUGAACAGGAAUGUUGGGCUUCUGCGAAUCUUCCCAGGAAUCACUGCUGCUGCUGUGAAAGCAUUUCUUCAGCCUCCAAUUGAGGGGAUCGUACUUGAAACUUAUGGAAGUGGCAAUGCCCCAAACAACAGAGAAGACUUGCUGGAAGAACUGAAGAAAGCAGCUGAACGAAAAGUGGUGAUUCUGAACUGUACGCAGUGCUUACGGGGGUCCGUUAAAACGGUCUACGCAACAGGGCAGACUCUCGCUGAUGUUGGAAUAAUUCCUGGAGGUGAUAUGACACCAGAGGCAGCCCUGACUAAACUGUCAUAUGCACUCAGCAAGAGUAAGCUUAGCUGGGAGGAGAAAAGGCAGAUGCUGAGUGAGAAUCUAAGAGGAGAAAUGACUGUUGUACCCACAGGAGCCAAGAUCUCUCUGAGAGAUAGCAAGUUUAUUCAAGUGAUUGCCAAAUCUCUGAGUAUCAGCAGCAAGGAGGAGUUAGAAGCCGUGAGAGAUGCAUUAAUUCCACCUUUGGCUUGUGCUGCAGCUAAGCUGGGUGACAUAGACGCACUAAGAGCCAUAGCAGAAAUGGGUGGAAACUUGAGCUGUGGAGACUACGAUGGCCGAACGCCACUUCAUAUUGCAGCCUCUGAAGGGCAUUUACCACUAGUUGAGUAUUUGUUGACAUCUGGCGCAACUAUUUAUGCUAGAGACAGAUAUGGAUCUACCCCACUGAUUAAUGCGAUCAAGUUCAGGCACCUAGAAGUGAUUAAUUUGUUACGAGAAACGGGAGCGCACCUUUCAAGCCAUGACUUGGAGAACAUUGGAACAACACUCUGCAGCCUUUCAGCUGAAGGCGAUGUGGAUGGGCUGUAUGCCUGGCACCUCGCUGGUGCAGACCUGGAGCAAACUGGUUAUGAUGGCAGGAAUCCCCUACAAGUAGCAGAGGCUACCGGGCAUAAGGAGGUUCUUGACUUCUUUAGACAAAAGCGGUGAAGAAGCCUUCCCACAGCUGUUCUUAUGGAGAAAAGCUGCAUGGACAACUUGCUGAGCCUGCUGGUAUUGAAAGAUUCCCAAGGUAUGUUGCAUAUCAGAGCCUGUAAAACAAGGUAACUGCGCAUGUAGUCUGAGGAAAUGCUGUAUACGCUCCAGUUCAAAACAAAACCAUAAAAAUGCAUGACAUUUAAAUGUGAAGAGUUGUGUACUUCUUCACUGUGCUCACAGAAGUUAUAACUAUACUGUCUCAUUAGUAAAUAAUUGUUGUUAUAUAGCAAUAAACAUACUUUAGAUUGAAUAAAGUUAAGAUGGAAUUAAGGAAAUGAGAUCUAACAUAAAAAAUCAGGUUUCAAAUUAAUCACCUUUUUGGUGUUUUAUCUGUGAAUACAUAAAGACAAUGUAUGUGAUAAAGUCAUAUUUGUGAAAAUUCUUACAAUGAGGAGAAAUACCAUGCACAAGCUCUUCUACGCUAUUCUACACUAUUCACUUGUCAAUAGUCUAAGAGUUGAUGCACUGAACUAGGAAAUCCCUGAUCAAUCCCUGCAAGUGACUUGGGAUUGGAAUUUUUGUGUUUUGUUAAUGAUUCUCAGAUGCAAUAAUUUACCCUUAGCAGCAUCCAUUCUUUAUUUCUGUACCAGAAUGACUGAGUGCAACAUACACAGAAGCAUCAAUAUUUUCCUUAUACCUUUCAAUAAGGGUAGAUUUGAUCUACAGGAAAAUUUCUGAACAAUAAGGUUCUUACAUUUCUAAAAUAAAACACCCAUCUAAAGUACAAAACAUACUUUUUUUUUUUUCUUUUGAACAAAGAAUGGUAUUCUAGUGUGAAUUACUGAAAUAAUAGGUACUAAUAGUAAAACUGAAGGAGAUGAAAGAAAACACAGAACCAUUUUAUUUCUGCGUAUGAACCAGGUAAAGACACAAAUGACAACAUUUAGAAAUGUGAUCUAGUAAGAAAACUUCUAGUUCAAAGUUCAUAAAGUUAAAAUGAAAUUGUUCGGGUCACAUUUACAGUGAGAAUAAAGCAGUAUUAGCUUCUUUCUGACAAACCUUUACAGAAAUGUAUAUCCUAUUAAUAUGUUAUCUUGCAUAAGAUAGUAUUCCUGCAACUUUAUAGAAAAUCUGCCAUUUGUCUUAUACAAGUAUCUAACAAAGACUUUAAUGGCAAAUGUAUGAAUGUAAACUUAACAUUUAUCUGGAAAAGAACCGGAUCUCUUUGAUAUACAUCGAAAUUUCAUUCCAGAACCGUAACAGUCUGUGUGCAUUAAGAGGAACUGUAUAGGGUACUGUGAUUUAAAAAAUGGCAAAAAUCACCCAGUCAAGGCGAGAAACUUCAGCUCUUGUUUCGUUGUCGGGGACAAACAUCAAUAACGCUUUUGAGAUCCCGUGUUUGUCUCGUUGGUCCAUUACACCCUUUGCUCUGUGCAGUGGAUUUAAUGAUAAUAAUUACGCUCUCUGUGAUAACUCUCAGUCUUAUAAUGAACCUGUUUGUGUGUAGUAACCUGUAAGCUUUACAUUGUUAUUGAUCAAAAGCAAAAUCUUGUUAUUAGUAAGGAAUGAAAAUUCUACCUAUUUGUUUUAGUUACUAUAAGCAGGUGAGUGUCUUUCAUUAGUUAAAGUAUGCUAGACAUUCCAGGGGCAGCUUAACUUUUAAAACAUCCUAGUUUUUCUCCUUCGGAUCAUCCCUGGAAAGAUCAAACACACUGUUCUUGUUGUCCAGCCAUGUUCUGCUUGGUAAAGGUUUGCAGAUGAAGCAGCUGACCAGGGUCAUGACUAAUGCAAACAUGCUCAUUCUAUUGCCAGGACAAGCUGUGGAUCCAUUUCAUGACUUCUGUAACAGCUUUUAAUUGCUGUCACCAGUUAUGUCCAUGUGCCCUUUCAUAUCUACAUGCAGUUCUAGUUUGUUUGGUCAAAUACAUACUGCAAGGACCAUCUGCGGAUCUGUGCUUGAUACUUGAUACACAGUACACCUUGGAAUAGCCUGGUAGAAGCUGGACAAAGUAAGUUUUGCGUUCUUUUGGUGCACAGAAGCUUGUGAUAUUUUUUAGUAUCAGUUCUUAAUGCUUAUUGAAAAAUAAAGAUGACGUUUCAGUUUCUGUUAGGAAACAGCAGUGGCUCCCAUUCUUUUCCAGCCUCAGUGUAAUAACACGAGUGUUCGGGCUGUGGCUUCCCUUGCCUGAUAACAGCAUCAGCAGGUGAAACACUGUACCAGGAACAAGCUCCUGAGACAGCCUGAUAGCACCUGUGUGUGAGAGGGGCUGCUGCUGGUCUGUGACCACCUCGUUAAACAGCACAAGUGUGUGCGUGACUUCUGCAGUGACUAUACAACAGCAAAAAGGCAUAGUCAGUAAUCUGAGACUCGUAGCUGCUGCACAAAUGUUUCGUUUCCAGCGCUGGAUCUUUGAAGUCGCAGUGGUGCUCUGGGAGCGAAUGCUGGUGCUGGAACCUCUGCUGCCUCUCCACGGAGGAGACGCUGUGACUGCCUCCUGUAAAAGUCAAACAUUACAUCAAUUCUACAGCUUUCUUCACUUGAAAGACAACACCCAGCUUCCACUGUUUCUUUUUCCUAACGAUCCAGCUAGUAUUGCCAAGGGAUAGGGACGAGUUGGCCUAUGUCAGCACUUCUCUAACACUGCAGAAAGCAGAGAUUUGCACAACUAACUUGUCCAAGUUCCUGUCUGAUUUGAGUUACAACUUUCCUCUCCUGAAUGCAACCACUUUCUUUUUGCUAAUGUCUGAAAAUAUUAAGUUUCUCUUUGGAGACUCUCUUAUAAAACCUUUGGGAUGGAAGGGCAUUCUUAAUUGUUUGAAAAAUCAGCAUGCGCUUGCUUCUUGGUAAACUGUUAACAUCUGUCAAGGCUGGCUGACCCACUGACAGAUUGACUGUGUCUGAUCAGUACUUGCUGAAUUAAAUCAGCUGUUCAGCAAGGCUUCAGUAUCUGCUUGUUCUUCUUAAAUUGUUAAAUAACUCAAAUUCUGCACAUCUUAAAUUAGAAUUGCUGUACUAUAGCAUGUUUUGUACACGGAUUUUGGUACUCUAGCAAAGAGUGAUAAUGAAAUCUCUCAUCUGGAACUAAACCCCUUUACCCUCCUUGAAUCAGAGGUUAUUUGCAGUCUUCUGAAUAGUGUGAUCUACUGGGAUUUUUCCAAAAAUAUUGUGAUCUAGUUGGGAGAUUCCUCCAUCUUUAAGGUGGGUCCAAGUAGCGAAAUGACUGAGGGAAAUGUAUCCCUUGCAAAGCGCACCCAGUUCCACUUACAUACAAAACAUUAUAGGAUCCAUAGCAUGAGCAAAUUCAGCCAUAGGUGUAAUCCCCGUCUCCAGGUACCUAUGCGCAUCCCUGCAUAGGACCUACCACAGCAGUGUAAGAAAUGAAAUGCUUUUAGUUUCCAGCAUCACAAUUUGAGAUAAACCUGAAGUAAACUGUGUGAUGGGUGAAAACAAGAAAUCGUAAAGAACUGAUCAAAUGUGCCCAGCAUAUGCUAUCACAAGCAUUGCUGGUACAUCUGUGUCUCUUCCAAGUGGACUCUAUCAGCAGUAUAAUCAUCUUCUAGACUAGUAAGACUAGUCUUUCCAUGAUUCUUUAACAAUGUUCUAUGACAGUGUGGUGAUUGAUUGCAUGGCUGUAACAAAACUUCCAUUUUAGUGACUCUUUUAGAAAAGCUACUAAUGUAGAAAACUUAUAAGAUAUGUAAAAUACUCUACAGAACCAUACAAAUGAAUCUGUGGGACUCAAAUGUUGCCACCUUAGAUAGUCUGUGAGUCAGAAUAAAAUCUGGUACUACCAGAUUUAUUAUUUGUGCAAAGCGUCUACCUGAAAAUUACUGUAGGAACUUCAUUAGACAUACAUUUGUUUACCUGUGAUCAGGUGAAUGGGAAGAGGCAGAAGCCUGCAUCUCAGGAGUGUAGCUGGGACAGGUAUCCUGCAUCUCAGCAACAAAAUGGAACGUCUAGCGUAAACCGCACAAAAUAGCACUACUUAGUGUGGCUCUAUUUGGAAGGGUUGAUACAAAUCUCAUGGUCAAAGGAUUUGGUCCUUGAUGUCCAAAUCUGUGUUGAUGUCUGACCAAAAUUGCUGCUGACAUCGCAGGAGGAUGUAAGAGACGGAGCACAGACUCCUGGCAGGCUCUGUUGGCAGGGGAGAGGCAGAAGAAGAAGAGGCAGGAGAGGCAUUGCCCCUUUCCCCCUCACCCAGCUCUGCCCGGUCUCACCUGUUCGGGCAUGCUCAGCUGUUGCUUAUCUUGCGCACUCCCACUGGCGUCUUGAGCUCCAAGCCGACACCUCCCUCCCACCCCAGGAUGCUGCACAUCAGAGGGAGAUGUCAGCCAAAUCCAUGGGCAGGUGCCAACCAACAACAUCCUGCAGCUUUGCUCCGCAGCCUCCUCCGCGCACGGGCGCUGCCAGGCUUCGCCAGCGCGGGGCCUGGUGCGUGGCACGUCGCACGACCAGCCAGAAAAAGGCUGAGAGAUUGUUCUCUGUCUUGCAGCAGCAAUAAAUAUCACAACAAUAAAUAACCACUGAAUUCCUUCAAAUCUUCUGGGCUUCAAAAUACGUUCAAAAUGGGACCAGAAUGGCCAGGGGAGAUGUUACCUGGCCAGAACUGCCUGCUUAGGAGCGUAUGCAGCACUUCUGAGCACAGAUGAGCUCCAUUAAUUACAUGUUUAUGUGCACAGUAAACCUGUUUCUUCUGUAGUGCUGCUGUUGUAGAUCCUAUUAGGCUCUUGUGCUUGGUGUUCAAGAGUCACAGAUGCUGAUUUUUAGAGCUUACAAGUGAAAUCAGAUGAGACUCCAUGCAGUGAAAGGGGCAAGAGAAUGACAAUAGUGUUCGUUUACAUCAGCUGAUUAUUUCUACACCUUGAUUUCCAAUUAUUUAACAUUAAAUGAUGAAUUAUUAGCAUAGAAGAGGAAUGACAGUCCUGGCAAUUCAGUAGCAAUGGUUACAUAUAGCAAAGAAGAAUUUCAAGUUAAAGAAAUAUGAAUCGUAAUGGCAAUCUUUUGCUGAGAGAUAAGGAAGUUAUCACAAUCAGAACAGAGUUGUAAAUUAAUCCUGUCAUAUGCAAGAAGCUGCUGUGCUGGGGAGAUUCUGUGAUGGUGAUGCCUGUGCAUGAAUCAUUACCCUCACAUCAUUCAGGCUGUGUGACUUCCUUCCUGGAUAUGUUUUGCUGUGGAUCUUUGUGACCAGGGCCCAGUAAAAGUAGGAUUUCAAUAUAUCAGGUUUUUUUUCUGUGGCACAUCUGAAUUUCUGAUUCCCAGAGAACACUGAGUGUGGGGUGACUGAUUCCCAGCACCCCUGAGGCAGGACAUCCAGCAGAGAUCUCUGCUGAAGCCUGCAGAGCUCCAGGGCUUCAGGACAAAGAUGAUGGUCUGUUAUCUCUGCUGACUGACAAACGUGUGAUGUGAAAUAAGUCAGUUUAUUUCCUUGGACCACUCUAACCGAGCUCUCUGCCCACAGCUAUGUCACCAUUCACCACUGUUGUUUGGAAAGUUCUACAUUCAAGGACAUAAAACCAGAAAUAUGAGAUGUUGCUAAAAAUUGCCGUGCUACUUCACUGCAAAGUCACACUCUGUAUCUUCAGUGGCUUGAACCAGCACAUACUUAGGAAAUCUCAAUAACUGGUCAAAUAAUUUGUAAUUACUUCCUUUCUGGUGGCUUUAUUGGAUGGAACACAUAAUUCUGCCAACUCCGAAAAAACAGCUGGUCGGUGAACAUGAAAAAUAAAGUCGGUACAAGGUUUGUGAUGGCCAUCACAAUUAAACAUUUUAAUCAAUUAUAAAGUUAUUAAAGUGCACAUAAUGCACAGCUGCGAAUCUUAAAUAUGAAAUUGUUGUCUGAAAUUUUCAGAAAAAGCUAGUGAUUUCAAGUGUCAGCUUCCAGGCUCUAACAUGAACCUUAAGGGUGGAAUAAAAGGUGGCUGGUAUUUUAUGAAAGUCAGCUCCUCGUACAGAGUCAGGCACCUGGGAAGUGAGGCAUUCAGAAUUACUGGUCAUGUCAAAAUCUUGUUCACUGGCUAUUUAAUUUGUAUUUUUAUUUCAAAUUAAAAAAUCAAAAGCAAAAUACAAUACAAACACACACCAAAAAAAAAAAAAAAAAAAAAAGAAAAGAAAAAAAAACAUAACAAAAAGGAGAAAGAAGAAUUGAUUGUGAGGAGAUUUUAAAAAGUAACCAUGAGACCGAACUUUCCUGCAAUUUUGUACGAAUGCUACAGAGAUUGUUUAUCCAGAGCUGAUUGCAAAACAGGACUCAGUGGAUUCCGUUUCUCAUACGCACAUCUCUAGCUGUCAUCUCAAAGGCACUGCUGUGGCUCCUGAGCUUCCAGUGGAAAGUCAUGGCAAAGUGUCACCUACACCAGCACUGCAGAAGUUUCUCCUCAUUGUUUGCAACAUGCUUUUCCUAAUGUUUUUAGGGCUCCUAGUGCUGGAGUUGAAACUUCUCCUUAAUAUCGAGCUCUCACACAGAAUCACAGAAUGUCAGGGAUUGGAAGGGACCUCAAAAGAUCAUCCAGUCCAAUCCCCCUGCCGGAGCAGGAUCACUUAGAUGAGGUUACACAGGAAUGUGUCCAGAGAAGGAGGCUCCACAAGCCCCCUGGUCAGCCUCUUCCAGUGCUCUGUUACCCUCACUGAGAAGAAGUUUCUUCUCAAAUUUAAGUGGAACAUCUUGUGUUCCAGUUUGAACCCAUUGCCCCUUGUCCUACCACUGGUCAUCACCGAGAAGAGCCUGGCUCCAUCCUCCUGACACUCACCCUUUACAUAUUUUAAAUGUUAAUGAGGUCACUCCUCAGUCUCCUCUUCUCCAAGCUAAAGAGCCCCAGCUCUCUCAGCCUUUCAAUGCAGCCUCUCGAAGCAGAGGCUGAUGGAUCUCCCAGGAUACAUCCGCUUGACAGCUCAUGCGCCACCUCUGCAGCACAAGGAUGGUUUUUCACCCUUUUUCCUUUUUUUUGUUUCUUUUUUCCAGCUGCUGCUGUAUAGGUAACUGUACCCACUGAUCCAGCAUCAAGUGUGCAAAGCCCAGAGGUCCCCUUAUUCUACGCUUUUUAUUAAAAGAACUGAUAUAUUCAACAAUUAAAUCGGGUAUUUGAAGAACUGAAAAUUUUCACUGUUAUUUACUGCUAGCUAUUGUGCUACCGUGUACAGACAAAGCUUGACUUGAAAAAAUUCUCCCAAAGACGGAAAAAGUAUAUUAAUUUAUAUAAUGUAAUUUACACAGCUAACUGCUGGAAGGAACAAGAUGCUAAAUCAGAGCAAGGAAAUUGAUGAAGUGUGGUAUUAUGGGCUAAAUUAGUAUGGAACCUCUGUAGUGCUCAGGGAUGAUGAACUGUCUAGAUAGAGCAUAUGAGAUAAAAACUCCUCUCCUGUUGUUGAGAUAAAAACUCCUCUCCUGUAUAUUUUGGAUUUAAUCAAAAUUUUGUGCGUACUAUGGUGCCAUUUUCCAAUAAACUGUGAAUUCUUCAUAUAAA